AAUGAAGGUUUUUGGAAUAAUGGCAUUGUUGCUGAUAGGAACAUACUGUCAAUCAAAUGAAAUAGAUGUUGUAUUAAAGAUGCUUGGUGAUUUAAAAAAUGGAACAACAAAGCAAUUAUAAGAAUUAGAGAGUGAUUGGGCAUAGACAAGAUAUGUAUUGUAUAUAAUAUGACUUUCGAUAAGUAAAAAGAAGACAUUGUUAAAGAUUUAUAACGUUCAGCAUCAACAUAAAGAGGUGAAUGUAAUAGAAGAGAUUAAGAAUGGGCAAAUAAAGAACGUGAUAUUAGAAUAACACUUAGCUAUAUUAAUUGGUUAGAGAAGAGAAUAAAAGAGAAUAAUUAGAGACUAUAAAGAUUGGAUGUGAAUAGAUGUGAAUCAAAUGCUAAUUUUAUAAAUGAUAUAAAGAAUUCAAAGAAAACAUUAAAUUUAAUAGCUUUCUUAAGAAGAGCUGUAAAGAAUGCUAAAGAAGUACAUCAUAUAUUAUAUGCAAUUAUAAGACUGAUUUACCAACACUAUUGUAAUCUGCUUAAUUUAUUUAAUUGAAAUCCUUUUUAAGUGAUGAUGGAGAAGAACCAGAAUUGACAGUUGAAGAUAAUGAACCACCUCAUGUUUAUGAUGAAGUAACAGAAACUCCAGAAGAGACAUCUGUUACUGAAAUUGAAGAUUCUGAAUAAGAUGUAGAAACUUCUGCAACUCCAGAAGAAGGAGUAGAAGCAAUAGAUCAUGAAAUUGAAGAAACAUUAUCAGUAGAUGAACCAGAAAGUCCUGUUCCUGAACAUCCAUUUGAAGCUGAAGAAAAAGCUACAAAUGAGUAAUUAGCAAAAGAAGCUGCAGCAUUUAAUAAAAUUAUUGAAAAAGGAUAAAAGGCUCCCGUUUAAGGAGGAUCUGGAAAAGAUUAUUCUUAAUUUACUGUAGCUUAAUAAGAGUUAUUAAAUUUCUUAGACAUCUUAGAAGAUGAAGUUAGAGGAACAUUUGCUAAAAAAUAAGAUAAUCAAGUCAAUUCAGCUAUGGGAUAUAGUGAUUUUAAAGGACUAAUUAAUAAAGAAAAUGAAACUUUUAAAGGACAUUUAGUUGCUGAAGAUGUUAAUCUAGUAAUACAUUCAAUUUAUAAAAUAGGAAAAAUUGUAAAAUUAAUUGAUCACUAUUUUAUAAGCCACUGCUGCAUGUAAAGAAAGAUUGAAGAAAAUCUAAAAUUCAAUUGAUUUAGCUAAUGAAGUAUUAUAUAAAUAUAUAUUUUAUUUUAGGAUUUAUCUAAUGCUGAAACUCACUUUAAAUCAGUUAGUGAAACUCUCUAAGAAGAAUUAAACACUUUUGAUGAUGUCUAUAGAAUUUACUCAAGCCAGGUAGGUUCUUAAAGUACCUAAUACAAGAGAGACGUUUAAUCUAAAAUUACAAAUUGAUUAUGAAAAAUAAUCAUAAAAUACAAUCAUUUUAUAAAGCU